AUGUUUCAAAAAUAUACAAAAGGAAUAUUCUACGGCGACAACCCUUUAAACUACACGCUCACAGUGUUCACUUUACAGGCCUCCUUAGUAUGUUUGUCCACCGCGUUCUUGCGAUUCCUUCUCAUCCCCCUCGGGGAGACUUCCUUCAUUCCUCAAGUGCUGGCAGGGUUGCUAUGGGGACCAUCAUUUUUGGGAAAAGUUGCCAACAUUAGAAAGUGGAUAUUCGCCUCAAAACCUUUCUACUCGAGUGAGGCAAUCUCUCUUUUCGGAACCAUGAUAUUUCUGUUCUUGAUGGGAGUGAAAACUGAUCCAUCCUUAGUGAUGAGAACGGGGAAAAAGACUUGGGCCAUUGGCUUGUGUUGUUGCCUAUUGCCACACGUGUUUAGCAUACCUUAUGUUUUUAUUCUAAGGCACAUUUUGUCCCCGGAAACAGACGUGUACAAGUCCCUAUAUGUUAUUGCAGCUUUUUCAUCAUCUAUUUCUUUUCAAGUCACUGUCAGUCUUUUAGAAGACUUCAAGCUCCUAAAUUCCGAGGUUGGUCGAUUAGCAGUCUCUUCAUCUAUGGUAAGUGGAAUUGUCAGUGCGAUGUGGCAGAGCUUUAUACUCACACGAAAACAAAGAAAUGCGCACAACAUCAGAGGAAGAGGUUCCCCAAUGAUGGCUAUUUCUAUGAUUGUCAUGGUGCUUAUCAUCCUGUGUAUUUUGCGACCUAUCAUGUUAUGGAUGAUACGGAAAACACCCAAAGGGAAACCCAUCAAAGAGUCCUACAUAGUUUCCAUCUAUGUGAUGGUGUUGGGGUGUUCACUAUUUGGAGAGUUCAUUGGAAGGCACUACGUGUUUGGGCCAUUGAUUCUGGGCCUAGCAGUGCCAGAAGGUCCUCCUCUUGGAUCAGCAUUGGUAGAGAGGCUAGAUACCUUGAUCUCAGGACUAUAUAUGCCAAUGUUCUUCUUCGCUGCUAGUGCCAGAUUCAAGCCCGAUCUAGUUGAUUUCUAUAGCUUCAAAAUUGUGCAGCCUUUGGCCAUAACCAGCUUCUUUGGAAAGAUUGUAGGAACCGUAUUGCCCUCACUCUACUGCGAUAUGCCACUCACUGACGGAGUCUCCUUUGGUCUCAUAAUGAGUGCCCAAGGCAUCACGCACUUGCUUCACUUGCAAAAUUUACAUUACUAUCAUAUUAUAGAUGAUAAAUCGUACGCUCAAAUGGUGAUAGCUAUGAUAUGGUUGACGGCAGCUUCCAAUCCUAUAGUGAAAUACCUGUAUGACCCAUCUAAAAUUUACUUGUCUAUAGCAAAGAGGAGGACCGUUGAGCAUUCUCCUACCGGCGUUGUACUUCCCUUGAUGGCAUGCAUACACACUGAAGAAAACACCCCUCCCAUGAUCAAUUUUCUAGAAAUGUCCAACUCCACAGUUGAAAGUCCCAUUUGGUUCCAUGUCAUACACCUGCUUAAACUGAAGGGUAGAGCAAUCCCAGUUUUGAUAGAUCAUCAACAGAAUAGCAGGUCCAUUCCAUUGCACUCUGAUGUUUCAAAUAACAUAAUAAAUGCAUUUAAAUCAUACGAGCAACAAAAACCGGACAAAGUGGUGGUGAAAGUCUACACAUCUAUCUCCCCUUAUGAGACAAUGCACGAUGAGAUAUGCUUGCAGGCUGCACAUAAACAAGCCUGCAUGUUGAUUGUGCCUUUUCACAGGCAGUUUAGAAGAAGUGGGGUUAUAGAUUUACCAAACCCCAUUAGAACAUUGAACCGCCAUUUGCUGAGAACCGCGCCUUGUUCCGUUGGGAUCCUAGUUGAACGUGGGAGCUUGAUUAGCAACAACGCUUUAACAUCUACGUCCUUUUAUAGUGUUGGAGUUCUGUUUAUAGAAGGGCCAGAUGACCGUGAAGCCUUGGCAUAUGCAAUGCGCAUGGCUGAGCACCCCAACGUAAAGGUCUCAGUAAUUAGGUUAACAGAAACUCGUAGGAAAGUUAGACAGUUCCUCAACAGAGACCCUGACACUGAAAUUUUGCACAAGUUUCUGGUUAACUACAGCCAAAUAAAACGGCAUGAUUACAAAGAGGAAGUUGUAAGAGAUAGUGUGGAAAUGAUUGGUAUCAUAAGGACAUUCGAAGGUUGCUAUGAUUUGAUUUUAGUGGGUAGACGCCACGAGGGUGAGUCCUCAUUGUUUUAUGGAAUGACCGAGUGGAUUGACUACCCAGAACUUGGCUCUGUAGCAGACAUGCUGGUCUCUUCAGAUUCUACAUUUGAUGGGUCUGUGUUGGUGGUGCAGCAACAAAAUAAGGUAGGGGCUAAUUUUGUUCAUCAUGAUUUCCAUCAAGAAAAUUCUGUCAGCACGCAAGAACGAGCAAGCAUGGAUGUGCAGCCUCAUAAAAUGGUUAUGCCAGUAGUUUAA